AUGGAGGAAGAGAAGAAGGCGGAACUGGGUGAUCCUUUGGACUGCGGGGAAGUGUUGCAGUCUGUUCGGGCUGCAGGACAUGGACUGGAGAAGCGCGAUAGAGCGCGACUACCGGGAGAUGUUGAAGGCUCACAGCCGGCGGCCGCCGCUUCAGGCAGCCACUUCAGCGCGUCUUUCCGCACAUUGCAGGAUCAGAUGCAAGAACACCGGCUGCGACGGGAAGAAGCAAAGCGUGCGUCAGUUGAACAGGCUUCGAUGCACGGGUUUCCCGACUUCUCGAAGCCCUCCAACAUCUCCGUAAAGGACUACAUCGUCGAGCGGCGCUUGCAUCUGAAGGAGGACCUCGACCAGCAGGUGGAGCUCAAGAAGCGCCAGAAGGAACACAGAAAGGCUAUCGAACAUGAAAUGGACCGUAUCAACAAUCUCGCAGCACAUACCGAGCUCGUGCAGCAGCGAGUCAAGGACCGUGAGCGAGGAAGACACGUUCUUCAGGAGUGUUUGCAAAAUUGGGAGGACACGAAGCGCAUAAAGGAUGCCAAGGCCGCUAUCACCCAGUUCAAAAAGUCUCCUGCAGCGUCUGGUGUGGGCCUGGCUGAUAUGGUCUCGAACCUUCGCUCCGACGCUGGAGCCGCCGGAUGCCAAAGCGCUCGAGAAAAGACUCCUAGCAAUCCUCCGAUGGCCGUGCCGAAGGCCCGCAGUGAGCGACAGAAAGUGAACAUCGCUGCCGAGCUGCCAGCCACUCCCAGCGAAGAUGCGGUUUCCAUGCCACUUUCGAGUCGGCCAACCACUGGCUCGGUGCGUCGCUUUCCAAUCUCGGCCGCCGCCAACCUGGCGCUCACGAAGAAGCGCCUCAAAGAGCGUGGAAUGAUGUGA